UGGAAAUGCAUCUGUCGCCAGUGCUGCGUGGGGAAACGGAACAGAGUCCCCCCCAUCAGCUUCAGUGACACAGAACACAGAAAUCUACUGCCCUUCGGCCCUCUAACCUACUCGGGAAACUGCAUUCACUCUAUCUAUACCAUAUAACAAUCUCAGCACGGAAACGGGCCAUCUCGGCCCCUCUAACCUACUCGGGAAACUGCAUUCACUCUAUCUAUACCAUAUAACAAUCACAGCAGGGAAACGGGCCAUCUCGGCCCCUCUAACCUACUCGGGAAACUGCAUUCACUCUAUCUAUACCAUAUAACAAUCACAGCACGGAAACAGGCCAUCUCGGCCCCUCUAACCUACUCGGGAAACUGCAUUCACUCUAUCUAUACCAUAUAACAAUCACAGCAGGGAAACGGGCCAUCUCGGCCCCUCUAACCUACUCGGGAAACUGCAUUCACUCUAUCUAUACCAUAUAACAAUCACAGCACGGAAACAGGCCAUCUCGGCCCCUCUAACCUACUCGGGAAACUGCUUAGAUUUUCCCUACUUCAUAUAACAAUCACAGCACGGAAACCGGCCAUCUCGGCCCUCCUAGUCCGUACCGAACCCUUAAUCUCACCUCGUCCCACCUACCCGCACUCAGCCCAUAACACUCCACUCCUUUCCUGUCCAUAUACCUAUCCAAUUCUACCUUAAUGACACAACUGAACUGGCCUCUACUACUUCUACAGGAAGCUCACUCCACACAGCUAUCACUCUCUGAGUAAAGAAAUACCCCCUCGUGUUUCCCUUAAACUUCUGCCCCCUAACUCUCAAAUCAUGUCCUCUAGUUUGAAUCUCCCCUACUCUCAAUGGAAACAGCCUAUUCAUGUCAACUCUAUCUAUCCCUCUCAAGAUUUUAGAUACCUCGAUCAAAUCCCCCCUCAACCUUCUACGCUCCAAUGAAUAGAGACCUAACUUGUUCAACCUUUCUCUGUAACGUAAGACUGAAACACAGGUAACAUCCUAGUAAAUCGUCUCUGCACUCUCUCUAAUUUAUUGAUAUCUUUCCUAUAAUUCGGUGACCAGAACUGUACACAAUAUUCCAAAUUUGGCCUUACCAAUGCCUUGUACAAUUUUAACAUUACAUCCCAACUUCUGUAUUCAAUGCUCUGAUUUAUAAAGGCCAGCGUUCCAAAAGCCGCCUUCACCACCCUAUCUACAUGGGACUCCACCUUCAGGGAAAUAUGCACUGUUAUUCCUAGAUCUCUCUGUUGCACUGCAUUCCUCAAUGCCUUACCAUUUACCCUGUAUGUUCUAUUUGGAUUAUUCCUGCCAAAAUGUAGAACCUCACACUUCUCAGCAUUAAACUCCCAUCUGCCAACGUUCAGCCCAUUCUUCUAACCGGCAUAAAUCUCCCUGCAAGCUUUGAAAACCCUCCUCGUUAUCCACAACACCUCCUACCUUAGUAUCAUUGGCAUACUUACUAAUCCAAUUUACAACCCCAUCAUCCAGAUCAUUUAUGUAUAUUACAAACAACAUUGGGCCCAAAACAGAUCCCUGAGGCACCCCGCUAGUCACUGGCCUCCAUCCCGAUAAACAAUUAUCCACCACUACUCUCUGGCAUCUCCCAUCUAGCCACUGUUGAAUCCAUUUUAUUACUCCAGCAUUAAUACCUAACGACUGAACCUUCUUAACUAACCUUCCAUGUGGAACUUCGUCAAAGGCCUUGCUGAAGUCCAUAUAGACUAGAUCCACUGCCUUACCCUCGUCAACAUUCCUCGUAACUUCUUCAAAAAAUUCAAUAAGUGAAAUCCAUUGGAACCAGGGUGCUGAAAUCACACCAGUACUUGUUGAUCUGUUCCGUCAGUGGGAAGCGAUUCAUUCUGUCAUCCAAGCUGACAUAGAUCAAAAAAUUCACACCAGUGACAGAGACUGCUCGAUUGCUGCACGUGUGGGAAGAGAUUCACUCGGCUGUCUGAUCUGCUAACACACCAGUGAGUUCCCCCUGUGGAGAUGCCGUUCACCUGCUCAGACUGUGGGAAGGGAUUCACUCAGUCAUCUCAACUGAUGGCACAUCAGCGAGUUCACACAGGGGAGAGGCCGUUCUCCUGCUCUGACUGUGGGAAAGGAUUCACUCGAUCAUCUGACCUGCUGGCUCACCAGUCAGUUCACACUGGGGAGUGGUCAUUCACCUGCUCAGACUGUGGGAAGGGAUUCAAUCAUUCAUCCCAACUGCAGACUCACCAGCGAGUUCACACUCGGGAGAGAACAUUCACCUGCUCCGUGUGUGGGAAGGGAUUCACUGGGUCAUCUGCUCUCCUGGUACACCAGCGAGUUCACACCGGGGAGAGGCCGUUCACCUGCUCUGACUGUGGGAAGGGGUUCAUUCGAUCAUGUGACCUACAGAUACACCAGUCAGUUCACACUGGGGAAAGGCCGUUCACCUGCUCAGAUUGUGGGAAGGGGUUCAUUCGGUCAUCUGAUCUACUGACACACCAGUCAGUUCACACUGGAGAGAGGCCAUUCACCUGCUCUGACUGUGGGAAGGGAUUCACUCAGUCAUCUCAACUGAAGGUACAUCAGAGAAUUCACACUGGGGAGAGGCCGUUCACCUGCUCAGACUGUGGGAAGGGGUUCACUCAGUCAGCCCACUUACUGGCGCAUCAGCGAGUUCACACUGGGGAGAAGCCGUUCACCUGCUCAGACUGUGGGAAGGGAUUCACUCAGUCAUCCCAGCUGAAGCUACAUCUGCGAGUUCACACCGGGGAGAGGCCGUUCACUUGCCCUGAAUGUGGGAAGGGAUUCACUCGAUCAUCUCAACUGAAGCUACAUAAGCAAAUACACACUGGGGAGAGACCGUUCACCUGUUCAGACUGUGGGAAGGGGUUCACUCGCUCAUCUUACCUCCUGGCACACAAGACAGUUCACACUGGGGAGAAACCGUUCUCCUGCUCAGAGUGUGGGAAGGGAUUCACUCAGUCAUCUCACCUGAAGCUGCAUCAGCGAGUUCACACCGGGGAGAGGCCGUUCACCUGCACUGAAUGCGGAAAGGGAUUCACUCAGUCCUGCAAUCUUGUGGCGCACUAUCGAGUUCACAAUGGGGAAAAAGUUUAAAUAAAUGGCAAGCUGGAUAUGAACCAUCACAGUUCCUAUAUCCAGAGACAAAUUCAGAAGUGACUGUUGGUUUUGAACUCCUGAGUAUUGUUGCUGCUCACCAAACCCAGUCCUGCACCCCGGUCACUGGCAUUCCUUCUGCUGAUUUCAUAUUCAAUGGGACUGGAGUUUAAUAUUCUGCAUCUGAGACAAAUAAAUCAGUUCCAUUUUAAA